GGGCUGUGCUACAGGGCACAGUUUUCACUACACUAGGACAUGCUAUCCUCCACCUGCCCCCAGGUAGAUCGGUGCACUCGGCUAUACGGCUGAAGGGGUUGUGGUGAGUGAACGCCGGGUCCCGGGUUUGCUGCCGGAUCUUUUCCCUCUCCCCCGCCAGCCUUUUCCCUCCCUGCGCAGCUUCUGAACCCCGAACUAGCUCCGCUCCAGCAGGCAGGUUCAUGGACGUCCUUCUUUCUCUUCCUCACUGUUUUUUUUACACUACGAUCUGAUUGGUCCAUCAUGCUCUGAGGUCACCCAAUCAGAUCAUGUAUCGGGAUACCCGAACUGUAUCCAGUCCUCCAACCACAGAGAGGAAAAGAGAGAGCGUCCUCUUCUCAGGCUGACAAGUUCCUGUCUCCGUGAUUUCCCAUAAGCCCCCGCGGCACGCCCUCCUCCUUCCUUUCCUCCCCGAGAAGCCGCUGGUGCCACAGCCGCCAUCAUGGGAGUAGAUAUCCGCCACAACAAGGACCGCAAGGUGCGGCGAAAGGAGCCUAAGAGUCAGGAUAUCUACCUGAGGCUUUUGGUUAAGCUGUACCGUUUCUUGGCCCGCCGUACCACAUCCAACUUUAAUAAAGUGGUUCUCAGGCGACUCUUCAUGAGCCGUACCAACAGGCCACCUCUCUCUCUGUCCCGCUUGAUUCGCAAGAUGAAGCUUUCUGGACGUGAAAACAAAACUGCUGUGGUAGUAGGAAGCAUCACCGAUGAUGUCAGAAUCCAGAAUAUCCCAAAGCUGAAGGUUUGUGCACUUAGAGUGUCCACUGAAGCUCGCAGACGAAUCCUUAAAAAUGGAGGCCACAUCAUGACUUUUGACCAACUGGCUCUUGCUGCUCCUAAAGGCGAGAACACUGUUCUCCUGUCAGGUCCCCGUAAGGGUCGGGAGGUGUACAGACACUUUGGAAAGGCUCCCGGUACUCCACACAGUCAUACCAAGCCCUACGUUCGUUCUAAGGGUAGAAAGUUUGAACGUGCCAGAGGACGCAGAGCCAGCAGAGGUUACAAGAACUAAACUCACUGUCCAUGCUUUGUACACAAUAAAGAUGCUAUGUCUUUACAAACAA